CUGAUAUUAACAGUUAUGUUUCCUUAAACCCAGGAUUAACAAAAAGAAUAAAUAUAACUUGUGGAAUAAGUCAAGGAUGUCCAAUCAGCCCAAAACUGUUUAUCUUAUGUACACAACUAUUAGCAUAUCUAGUAAUAAAUCAUCCAAAUUUUCAGGGUAUACAUUUUUUUGAUUAUGAAUUUCGUUUAAGUCAGUUUGCAGAUGACACUGUUUUUUUUCUAAAGGAUAAAUCUAUGGUUAACAAAGCAUUACAAAUUAUUUCAAUUUUUUCCAAAGCAUCAGGUCUUCGUCUGAACACAAAAAAUUGUGAGUUUCUUUCACUGUAUGAAUGCACAGAUAAUGAGAUCAUGUCAAUUCCUGUUAAAAAAGAUAUUAAAUAUCUAGGAGUUAAGAUAGUUGCAGACGAAAAACAAAGAGAAGAAAUCAAUAUGAAAGAAAAAACUGAUCAAAUACAAAAAACUCUGAACCAAUGGCUUAGCAGAGAUCUUUCUAUUUUUGGGCGAAAUUUAUUGUCCAAGUCUGGGGGUAUUUCCCAAUUGAUCUAUCCAUGUCAAUCUCUUCAUAUCGCUCCAAAAACAGUGAAAAAUAUUAACGCUAUUAUAUACAAAUUUAUAUGGAGAAAUAAAACCCACUAUAUAAAAAGAUCCCAGUUAGUCAAAGAACAUAAAAAUGGAGGUAUGAAAUCUGGAUUUUGAAGCAAUGCUGGGAACAUUUAAAACAAAGUGGCUGAAAGAAUUUCUAAUAAAGACAGAUACAAUUUGGUUUCAUAUUCCAAAAAAUGUCUUCAAGAAGUUUGGGGGGCUAAACUUUCUUUUGAAAUCACUAAAUUGCCUUUUAAAUUAUCUGAAUUUCACAAACAAGUAUUGCAUCAUUGGAAGAUGGUAUUUACCCAUAAUUUUACUCCUCAUUGUGCCACCUUGUGGAAUAAUCGAGUAAUUGUUGCAAACAAAGUCUUUGUUUAAACAACAGUGGUUUGAUCAAGGAAUUAUCUUUGUACACGAUAUUAUGGAUAAAGAUGGUGAAAUACUACAGUUACAUAAUUUUGAAUACAAAUUUAAUAACAUUCAAUGUUCUCUUCAGGAAUAUAAGAAAGUAUGUAAGGCUCUACCAGUGACUUUGAUACAAAUGGUAAAAAACACAAUUCUCUUCUCUAAUGUUCAAUACCACUUCCUAAUUUAUUAAUAGGAGAAUUGAACAUCACAGCAAGAAAAUGUGAAAAUAAAUUUUUAAAUGGAGCCUUUAAAAAAUAUACCCCUAACCCUAACCCACAGACGAGGAACUCCUGGAGGCCAUGCAGGAAUCUCCAGAGCUCCUUGCUGCAGUCCUCCCUCCCCCACCUCCUGCUGCCAGCUCUAAGAUGCUGCCUGAGUCCUGGCAGGCAGCUCUGACUGCAGAACAGCAGGAGUGGAUCGGCCGGGUGCUGUUCACCAGGGACCGUGCUGGGAGGCCGCAUCUCAUCACGGAGCUCAGUCCCUGGUGGUACCCUCCCCAGCCCCGGGCGGUCUACAAUCAGCCUCCCGCCUCUCCCGACCCCUUCUUUGCAUGUCGGCUCUUCCUGUGGAUGCCUCACAGGAUGUGGCACCUGCAGCUGACGUGCCCCCAGCCUUUGUGCAGCGGCAUCCUGAUAAAGGCUGGGCUCUACAGGACCAUGCGGAGGGUCCUGGACAUCGACGGCUGGUAUCUCAUGGCCACUGAGUAUCUGGAGUGCCGUCGAUGUAAGAAGAAGGUCGGAGGGUGGUCACAGGGCAUCUUAAGGCAGCUGCCCCCCACCUACAGCUGCCAGUUCCCAGCUGUCCUCACGUACAAGCUGUCCUGUGACCAGAGGGUGGUUGCUACGCUGAGAUCUCGCACUCUGGGCAACAGUGCCACUCAGCUGUGCAACACCCUGCGGGAGCAGCAUUCCAACGCCUGGAUGCGGAGAGCGAUUCAGUACCUCGGCGUCUGCGAGCAGUUCCUGGCCUUGGGUACCACAAGGGGGCAGAUCGCACCACCUCCCCAGAUGCCCCCUGUGCCCUCACCAGUCUGGCUGCUGACCGUUUACGGUUACAACGUGCUGACGCGGCUGGACGAGUACAAGGCCAGGAUCACGUCCACCUUCGGAUCCAUCCUAAAGAUGGAUUCCACAAAGAAGGUGACGAAGAAGCUCGCAGGUGCCGCCUGGGCUACCAACGUGGGCAACGAGCACGGCCAGGUCCUCAUGAGCGUCCUCGCUGCGAGGGCUCCGAGGGCCUGUCCAAGAUGGCGGCCGGACUGAUGAGGCGGUACCGAUUAGCCGAGGUACCUGCCCCCCAGCUCAUCUACGUGGACCACGACUGCUGCAGACAGGACGGCGUGUCCAAGACGGCUGCCUUAUUUCCAGUAUAAACUUGCAUUGUUGCUGACUGAUUAUUUAGUUGUUUAUUUAAUUUUUCAUAGCAAUGAUUCAUUAUUUUGUUGUGAAUUACUUUAAUGGAUCACCAGGUCACCUGAAUUUCUACCCAAUGUCUCUCUGAAAAUUUUAAAACAAUCAGACACCCAAAUAAAUUUCUGUAAAAGACAAUUUAUAGAGCAGUGAA